AUGCUUGCGGCAGCUUUGGCCGGUUUUGUGGCCAGGUCCGCCGCGCUCAAUUUCACAAUUUCCAAUGGGCAGAUCUUCACACCGGGUUUUGCUGUCCUCGAUUCGCCACAACCCGGAACGCCUCUCGGUGGUGACACCAUUGAGGUAGCGCUUGAUGUCUCUGCCAACGGGAAACUCAACUUGCCUCCUUAUGCCGACGAUAGUCCAAGCCAGAUCUAUAAUAUCACAAUUUUUCUGUAUAGUUACGACACAGGGAGAAACUUUACCAUCACGAAUGGCACUGCAACGGCAAACAAUGCCAGCCUAGGAGACAUUAUGUUGUCGGAGUCCGGCAGCACCGUAAAGCAUGUCAAGUGGAGGUGGCCAGACUGCCUGGUUGGAAAUGGACAACCAACAUCAACAGACAGCGACCGCGGUGUUUAUAAUAUAUCCAUCCGCCAGAACUUCCGCCUCAACGGGGACGACCACUACACCAUUUUCGACGUUCCUAUCAACGUCACAAACAGCAUCGAGGCUUCCGACGACAGGCCUUCAUGUGAUGCCCUGGACAACCCACUGCUAACGUACGACGAAAUCGACGCGACGGCGGCGAACAGCGUUGGCGUUCUCUUCGCGCCGGGUGAUGCAACUCAGGUGGAGCAAUCAGGCUCCGGCUCCGGCUCCGGUUCCACGGGCGGUCUAGGCGCCGCGGCUACCUUGCACUGGAGCGCUGCUGCCGGGUGGUUGGCGAUGCUGUCAGUUUCGGCGGUCUUCUUUCUCUAG